GGCACCUUUACUCGCUUUUUGUACGGAAACGAACAAAAAUAGAAACUAAGGUAGACAAAAAGUUUGGCACAAUGAAAAGCUAAAUCAAAACAUUGCGACAUUCCCCCAUCGGGCAAGCUAAUCUAGAGUUUCAACAUGGUCCGACAUAGGAAUUUUAAUUAUCUUGUGGCGGAAACAUCACAGAAAAACCUCAAACACCCUCUACAAUGUUUUGUAAGUUUACAUCGACACGAGGAGAUUAACUCAACAGAAUAAACCAACAAACUAAACUAGUCCUGUCCAGUAGCAUGCCAGCUUAAUCGUAUCUCAGCCAGUGUUUUGAUUUCGUUUUGCAAGGCUGUCAUCUGUCAACCGUCGGAUUUGACGCACUUCAAGAGUGCGCACGUGAUAGUAAGAAAGGGUCUCAAGACAUCUUAUAACCUGCAGUCAGGCCCUCCGUGUUGAGUUUACCAGACUAGACCAAAUAUCGCAGCGCAAUGUCGUUGUAGAGGUGACUGUUUGGGUAGCGAACCGAACGAACGUAAACAAAAACACACACGGAGAUAUUCUCCGUGUGAAGCCUGGUCUAUCUCGGCAGCGUACCUCUAGGCUCCGUUCCAUGUUUUCGCAUACCACCGUGUCCCGUAGUGUGAGGUCCUGUCUACUGACAUGACAGCCCCAUUGUUCUUACAAGCAACACGGCCAAUAACCUCUGGCUCGCUGACCCCCGUCAUUGGUCGAGCUCACGGGUCAAGCUGUCACAACCGGCGCGUGAUUGGCUAACACGUUGGGUUUAUCUUCCAUGACGUCACGACAUUUGUCAGGAGUGUUUUGAAUUUCGCUCGAAGUAUACAUACACAUUCAUAGAAGUUGAGUAAAUCCCGCGAUGUAGUUUUUUUUAGGAAAGUCGCGCGUAAUUUUGAUUCGAUGUAUUGAAACCGUGAGUUCCGAAUCGUGUUCAAUCUACUGGAUAGCAAUGGAGCCAUGACAAUGGGAUGUGGAAGUAGCAAAAAGUUAUUACAAGAAAGUCCAUCGGAGCGGGUCGUAACAACAACGUUGUUGGCCGAAGGAUCUCCAUCACGUGAAGCUGGUACGCGCUCGAGUGGAGACAAGCCUUAUGCAAAACGCAAACUCUCUGGUCAGAAAACAAAAGGCGAGAAAUACAAGGCAAGAUUCGAUAUUCGAGUCACUAAGGAGUAUGAAAUCAAAGCGCUUAUCGGUCGAGGGUCGUUCAGUCGUGUUGUACGCGUCGAGCACUAUCAAACGAAACAACCCUACGCGAUCAAAAUGAUGGAGAUCGAACAGGGAAAGGACGAGUUUCAGUCCGAGUUAGCCGUCCUUAGGCGGGUCAAACAUGAGUUUGUUGUUCGGUUGUACGAGGUGUUCGAGUGUAAGAACAGGGUUUACCUGGUCAUGGAGUUGGCAACGGGAGGAGUGUUGCUAGAUCGAAUACUCUCCAAGGGGUUCUUCACCGAGCGGGAUGCGACCAGGGUCAUCUAUAUGGUGUUAGAGGGAGUACGUUAUCUCCACUCGCUGGGUAUAACCCACCGGGACCUUAAACCGGAGAAUCUACUCUACUACCAUCCCGGCAAUGAUUCCAAGAUUAUGAUCACGGAUUUCGGGCUGUCGAAUUUGCGCAAGCACCCGGACGAUCGAACGAUGGAGACGACGUGUGGUACCCCGGGGUACAUGGCACCCGAGGUUCUAUUGAGCAAGCCGUACACAAACUCCGUAGAUAUUUGGUCAAUUGGGGUGAUUACGUUUAAUGUACUCAGUGGUCAAAUGCCGUUUGCGGAUGACCACAGAUCGAGGUUAUACAAGAAGAUUCUGCGAGGGAAGUUUAGCUUCAGUGGUGAGCCAUGGGAUGAUGUGACAGACAUGGCUAAAGACUUCAUUAAUAAGCUGAUUGUCUAUGAGCCUGAGAUGAGGCUAACAGCAGAGCAGGGGAUUAAACAUCCAUGGAUUGCUUCAAGUGCUGCAACCUCAAGUUUGAAAAAUCUACAUAAAUCUAUCAGUCAGAACUUAUUAAAAUCAAGAGGGAACAGUGCAAAGUCCAACCGCUCUCAGAAAUCCAAUAGAUCUAUACGGUCGGUUAUUUCAAGGCACUUGAGUAAUUCUCAGACACACCAGCUACAACUGUCUAAUCUUCAGGAAAAGGAAGCAGAAGUAGCCCCUUCUACUCUUAGAGAUCAAAGACCACUGGAGAAAGCAACUGUUCACAGAGAAACAGCCACAACUAGCCAGACUGUUCACAAGAAACAGUAUGAAUACUUGCAUAAGCAACUUGAUGGUCCCACUGAAAGAACACAAGAAGUUUCACUAGAAAGGAAAGUGCACAUAAAUAGAAUGGCCAUGGAGCCACAGGUUCCUUUUGAAAAUUUCCAAAGGAGUAGCAUGCCCCGUGGAAGCAUGCCUCACACCUUUAAAUCUGUACCUCCUACUUACACACUAGAGCAAAUCCUAACAAGGAGGUCAGACCAACACCAGCUGGCACCGCCAGUAUUUGGCAUGCAUAUACAACAAAGUGCCAAGGAAGAGAGACCCCCCCACUUUAGGUCACAGUUUAUAGACAUGGAUAGCUCACCACCAUCUAGAGGUCAUCACCCAUUUCCAGGUCUGAGGAACAACUUCCUGGGUAACUUUUGCGCAUCUGAUGAACCAAUUUCAAAAGAGGAAAGCAUUAAUUCUGAUAUGGAGGUCAGUGUGACAAAUCCCACAACAAGCUCUUUAGAGCAGGUAGGAGGAGUGUUUAGACCAAGAUUGUCACCAAUGCCUAGGAGAAAUAACAGAAUUUUCUCUCAAGGAGAUGAUUAUAUGUGUUGAAGAAGCAAGAUCAGAGUUGUCCCUAAGUUUCUGCUGCUGCCAAAGACAGGCUGAAUUGUGGCUAAUGAAUACUUGAUUAUAUAAAAGUUUGAAUUUAAAACAAAUCCAAUUUCCUGGCCGAACACAAGCAAAUUUCUUUGGGACAUCCCUGCUAGCUUGACAUUAGGUAGUUAAAAAAUUUCAAAGAUAACCGCAACCGAUAGCUGCAUUUAUUUUAAUGAAUAAUAUUUAACAAUUAGACUAGAGUUCGGCGCAUAUUAUCUAUUGACUCAGAGAAAAUGAGAACGAGUAGUCUAAUUGUUUUAGUAUAAAUCCACUCACAUACUACCUUCAAAUAAAUAAUGAUUUUAAAAAAUCUAAGUAAUAAAUAACCUCUUUUGUCACUACUUUUUCGCUACUUACUAUCUAUGGCUCAAUAGAUAGUGAGUACGGGAGCCAAUCAAAUUGCGAGAUUCAGGAUAGUAUGUGAGUGGAUUUAUAUGGUAUGGUAAGAGUGGAGGGUAAGUCUCCCAUGUUCUGUCGUAAAACAUAACAGAAUUGACACUACAUUAUACUUUGAUACUCAUUCUAAUAAUUUUUUUGUUAAAAAAGAAAGCAUCUGCCUCUAAUUCCAGGGGUUGUUUUUAAAGUAAGGCCUCAAAUUUUUGGCAUGGCACAAAUGUUCUAAAAAAUAAUACUAUAAAUUGUUUUGAAAAAAAAAUUGUAUUAUGAAAUUCAUAAAUACACAUUGAAAUAUAAAUUAAUAAAUGGAUAUAAUGUUUUGAAGAGGAAAAAAUGUCACAUUAUUUCAGCACUUCAGUGUUGAAUAAAUACCUCCUUUGUGAUACAAAAUGUGUAAAACAGGCCCUGUGUUUUAAUUUAGAUCACUAGCUUUUACAAAAAUGAUCUCAACGUUAUAAAAACAAACUCCUCAAGGUAUCAAUCCAACUAGGCUUAUUAAACUAAUCAUUCAACUAAUUGCAAAGUUUCUAUCAAUCUUUGUUAACUUCUUAAUAUCAGCUGAAGCACUAUAAAUUUUUCAUUUGUAAAACUGAUACAGGAGACUUUUACAUAAUGCAAAGGGGCUUAUUUCUAGUCAGCAAGGAUGUGUAUGAUUAUACUAGAAUUGCUAAUAUUGAUGGUCGCCUAAGAAUUAAUUAAGCAAAUUGAUGAAAUUGUAAGAUAUAUAUAAAUAAAUUUAGAAAAUUGAUGAUGAUAUCAAUAUAUUGUAAAGCUACACUUAUUGCUGGCAUGUUGAUAUUUACUCUGAUGUAACUAUAUAUAUGCAUCAUAAAUAUAUAUUAUAUUGUAAUAUACUCACUACAACAAAUACAGUUUAUACACGUUUUAUAUACAAAUAUCAUAUUUUAAGAUUACUGUAUUUUAUAUAUGAAUCUUGCAAGAAAAUGCACUGUUCAUAUCAAUGGCUAACCAUGAUAGCAUUAUUGCAGGAAAGCAAGCAUGUAUGGGGGAGAGUGAACAAUUUGAGGUGUGAAAAAAAAAAAAAACAACUAUGCUCAACUCUCUAUUUACUAACACUCUAAUUAACAACUAUAUUGUAAUCAAAUAUCCAGCUAGUGACCCUUUCAGAAAUAGACAGCUACGCUUCAGUUAACUAUAUACUUAUUUACACUAUCAUGCUGACACACAUACUUCAAUUAACAAACUGCUUACUGGCAAUCAGAAAAAUUCUCUGACAAACACUGUAAGUGAAACACCUUGGACAAUUAUUUUUGCAGAAGCCUUUUUUCAGUUCUAAGGUUAUCCACUUAUAAAUGACUUACUGUAUUGGGCUCUCUUAUAUAAAUCCUAGACAGAACCCUGCUUCCCAAAGGCAGCCCCAUACCAUGUUAUUAUCUUGAGGCAUAAUGCUGUCAUGGUUACUUUACAGGGUUGACUCAACAUUUGGGUCAUACAUAUGUGGAUACAGUAUGGUAUAUUGUAAUGUUUUUUUAAAAUAGAGAAUGGAACUGUUUAUACUUAAAUUGAUAGUUUCAGAUAUAUAUUUUGAUUUAAACAAGGCCUGACAUUGCACAAUGCUUACCGCUGUAUUUUCAAGAUCAUAAUUAUGUUAAUCCAAAACUUUUUUUGCUAAGAUUCUUAGAAAAAGGUUCCAUUUUCUAUAUAAAGGACUUUGCAUUUUGGUCAAGUUACAUAUAAGAUGAACUUUAAAUCAUUUAUCUAAAAAGAUGUAUUUAUUUUAUUAUAUAAGAUUGCUAUUUCUAAACAAAAACAUGUUAAGUGACACAUCAAUUGUUUACUCAUAUGCAGUAAUUGGCAUUCAGCUUAUUAACAUUUAGCCUGCCAGUCAGUUCUCAGGGAGUGUCCAUACCCUGAUGGGGGAGGGGGGAUGGGUGUCUGUAAAAAGUGAACACUCUGAUUUUUUCAUGAGCUCUACUGAAAUCCUAGGGUUGUUAAAGAGGGGAGGGGGGGGAGCACUGAAAAAAAAAUUACCCGAAAGGGGGAGGGGCACUGAAUUUUAAGGUGGCCUGAGUCAAAAUCUUCCCUCUUCCUUAGUGUAUUUGAUGGACACUUUCUUAAUGAGGUUUAUCCAGAAAUAUCUAUUUUUGAAUGUGUGAUGACCAAGGCUCUUGUGUAUGAACUUGUCCAAAACACAGGACCCUAAAAUGUUAUUAAAAAAAGUGCUAGCUGGUAAGCUGUAUAUGCAUUUAGUUUUCACUGCCACUCAAUAUUUUAUGGAGUAAAUGAGAAUCUUUUGCACUAAGGCAUUGGCAUUAAGGAAUAUGUGGGUUUUAUUGUAUGUGAAAAGGUUGUGGAAAGUGUUACUUACACUUUUAAAAGGAUGUCAGAAACUAUGUAGAGUCAUUUCCAUGUGCAGUAGAACUCCCAUAUCCAGGAGUGCUGUAUUUUACAUUUAGAAGGCCAAUUUUCACAAAAUUGGAAUGCAAUAACAAUUUCCAAGAAAGGCUAAAUCCUAACAAAAAUGACUUUGUAUAUUUACAUUUUCCUUUUAUUAUCCAGCCUUAUCAGCAAAAAAGCAUAAAUAUAUUGUUUGUAGGUAACUGUGUGCGUCAAAUGAUAUUGUAGUUAAAUUUUGAAUCUAUCUACAUUACCUAUGUAUUAUAAAUGGUAUUUACACAAAUCAAAAAUAAAUUUUUACAUUGCAA